AUGGCCUCGCUCUCUCUCAACGCAUCCGCAUAUACGCCCUCGUGGCUACAGAAAUCGGCCCCAGCUGGCCCAUCCGGCACAGGGGUAUCCGGGCCGCCCUCCUCUAAGGUGGCUGUAGCCGGCACCACUGCGAACCAUGCACUACACGAGACCUCAGCGCCGGCGAAGCGGAAUGUAUUUAGUGUAAGCAACACGGCGUUGUCCACGAAGCCGAUCCCAGCGCCGCUGUAUGCGAGCAACCACACCCCUACGACUAGUCACCUCGCCUCCAGCGUGGCGCCUCCGUCCUCGCCGCCGAACCUGACAGGGGGCAGCCCAAGCCUGUCGAAGCGUGUGCCCACCCGCAUGAGCCCGGCGAUCGUCCCGAUCACCAUCCGCCACAUGAACCCGAAUGCGGACGAAUUCGUACCUGGAAACGGCGCCCGCACGGAUGACGCCCAUGGCACCGCGGGGUUAAACAUCCUGCCGAUCUCCACUGCCGACCUGGAGGCGGAGAAGCGGCAUCAGGGCGGCGCCCAGGCGCCCGCCCCCACAGCUGUCCGGACACCCGCAGGGAAGCCGGCGCAGCUGCGUCACGGCGCGAAUGUUUCCCCCCUGAUCGCCCCAGUCUCGCUCAACCUUAAGAACGAGGAGAUCCUGGCGAUUAGCAAGUCCAGCGCGUUGAAGGUCGAGGCGGCAGCGUACGUACCGCGGCGCACCAUGACGCGUGUCGUCCUGAGCAAGCCGUCGCCGCUUGUGCUGGCGGCAGAUCCUGCUAAGGCGAACAUAGAGAUGAUGCUCGACGACGUGUGGUCGCUCUUCUACCUCCCCGCGUGGGGGGAGAACAUCAAGGAAGAGAACUACAACCCGACCCUGGUCUUUCGCAUUGAGAGCAUUCCUACCUUCUGGAGGGUCUUCAACAAUGUCCCUCAGCCAACGGAGAUGUCUGUAGGCACGGUGUACCUCUUCCGAGAUGGUAUUGAUCCGAAAUGGGAGGACCCUGCGAAUCGCAACGGUGGAAUCCUCAAGAUGAAAGUUAGCUCCAAUCGCGUUAAUGAAGCGUGGGAGCUUCUGCUUUGCCGCACCAUUGGCGACUCCUGGAACCCUGUGGUGCGUGCUCAAAUCAACGGAAUCGCUCUCAAAGUGCGGGAACGAGGAUAUAUCUUAGAGAUUUGGGUAACAAAGCAAACACCGGAGCUCACACGCGAUCUAGCCGAAUUGUGGGGGAAUCUGAUGGAGGGGGCCUUUGCGACCACCUAUUACCCACAUGAGGCGAUGCAAAACAAGGCCCAGGCUGAUAAAAAGAGACAAUGGAAAAAGUACUAG